CGGCCGCCAUUUUGCAACCUCCAGUUGUGACCUGUGGGUGAAAGAGUAAAGGUCAUAGCUGAAACUACGUGGUACGUUCGGAGGCAAGAAGACUGUUUCUCAGGUCAGUUGGCACCAUGGAGGUCAGCACGACUCUUGACCUUUACCCUGACACGAAAGUCAGCAUGGUCCUGUUCUCAGGGGUCACCAAUGGGUCGGAGGUCAGGAGAAAGAUCAUGGAUGGGACCAUAGAAGCUGCCAUCAUAAACGCACAGAUGAUUUGUGACCCUUUCCAAGUCCUGGUUGCUGUGAACAAAGCUGUCCAUCUGGACAAACUGGACAAGAAGAAAACUAAAACUGUGUUUGGGGAAAUCCUUUUCAACUUAUCACCUGGCAACAAUAUCCUUGCUGCGUACCAGAAGUUUGGAGUUCAGGAUGCAGAGCGUCAGGACGUCCUUGUGGUCCUUCUGAAUGACCUUCAAGGUCAGCAGCUACAGCAGGUCUCCAACAUCAUCCAGGGUACUCAUAUACCCCUGGAGAGCCUCAAGGACAUCAUGGAUGAGCAAAAAAUAAUCAAGCUGUUUAAGAUAUCGGAAGCUGAGCGGAAGGUUGGACAGCUGGUGGACGUGGUGGUGUGCAGGAUGGCGACUAAAGAUGCAGGAUAGCAGAGGACUUAAGUUAGGGGGGCUACAUGCAAACUAAAGACUGUGGAUUCUUUUGUACAUUUUCAAGCCAGACAUAAAAGCUACUAACUCCUAGCAAAGGACAUUCUUUGUUUAAAUAAAAACUGUGUUACAUGUU